AGGACCAGAGCUGAAGGCUGCAGGGACGCUGCUCCUCAUCGAUCCGUCACAGCCGCUCGUCUCCGGGAUUCUUCUGUCCGCCUUUUGGAUCACACGACCCGUCCCGGCUUCGGACAGCAUUCAACAGCAUCCAGCCAACAUGCCGACUCUGCGACACUCCUACACGCUGACAGCGGUGGAGGAACCGGCCGCUUUCCCGCUGGACAAGCCGGAGCUGCGGCGCAAGAACCCGCAGCUGUCCCGCUCCGCGCUGGUGUCCACGUUCAUGGGUCUGAUCAUCAACCAGGCCAAGAACAAGAGUCCUCAGGGCCUGGUGGGUCUCAAGAACCUGGGCAACACAUGUUUCAUGAACUGCAUCCUCCAGUGUCUGAGCAACACCUCCGAGCUGAGAGAUUACUGCCUGAGAAACAUCCAUCACGCCGACCUCAACAACAACUGCAGGACAAACGCUGCUCUCAUGGAAGAGUUUGCGAAGCUGACUCAGUGUCUGUGGACGUCCAUGAACAAUGAGGCCAUCAGUCCCUCUGAUUUCAGAAGCCAGAUCCAGAAAUUUGCUCCAAAAUUCGUUGGCUGCAAUCAGCAGGACGCCCAGGAGUUUCUGCGCUGCCUAUUGGACGGCCUCCACAACGAGGUGAACAGAGUGACCGUCCGCCCAAAAGUGUCUGUCGAGGACUUUGACCACCUUUCGGAUGAUGAGAAAGGCCGGCGGAUGUGGAACAUGUACUUGCAGAGAGAAGACAGCAAAGUAGUGGACCUGUUUGUGGGGCAGCUGAAAAGCUCUCUGACCUGCACCGUCUGUGGCUUCCGCUCCACUGUGUUCGAUCCAUUCUGGGACCUUUCCAUCCCGAUUGCACAGAAGAGCUCCGGUGAAGUGACUCUCAAAGACUGCUUGAGACUCUUUACGAAAGAAGACGUGUUGGACGGAGAAGAACGGCCGACCUGCAACAGAUGCAAAGCCAGAAGAAAAUGCACCAAGAGGUUCAGCAUCCAGAAGUUCCCUCAGAUUCUCGUGCUCCACCUGAAGCGCUUCUCAGACUCCAACGUCCGAGCCAGCAAACUCUCCACUUACGUCAACUUCCCUCUCAAAGAUCUGGACCUGCGGGAGUUUUCCACAGAGAGCGGCGAGCGUCCCGUCUACAACCUGUACGCCGUGUCCAACCACUCUGGAAACACUCUGGGAGGCCAUUACACAGCCUACUGCAAGAACGCGGCGCUGGGGGAGUGGUACAGCUACAAUGACUCCAGGGUGAGCCCGAUGUCCUCCAGCCAGGUCCGCAGCAGCAACGCCUACGUCCUCUUCUACGAGCUCGCCUCCUCCUCCUCCUCCUCGCACGGAAAAUAUCAGACGUGUCGGCUUUAGAGUCUGCGGAGGAGCGAUAAGCUGAACUGGGCCUAAGAAUGGAUUCAGACACUGCCUGCUGGGAGAGAGAGAGAGAGCUCCGCCUAGUGGAGAGAGCCUGCCAUGACAAACUGUGAAAAUGAAGCACAGAGGGGAAGAAAAAAAACAAAAACAGCCAUUCACCUUCAUCUCAGUGAGGGGGAAAAAGGUGGAACUCAUAUUUGCACUUCAGCAUUUCAAGCUUAGCACAUGAGUCGGGUGGAACCGGAGCGACGAUCGUGUAGGACUUGGAAAACGAUGUUGUUUAUUUCCAGCCUGAAAACCUGGAUUUCUAGCUUGUUUCUCCCUUUGUGUGGAUUUACUUUUUCUUUGAAUGUGAAUUAUAACACUUAAAGACGCUGCAGAGACUCGAGGAGGGGGAAAGAAAAGACGCCUCGCACAUCAACUGCAAGAUGUAAUUUAUUCUAUUUAACAUGAUGUCAGUGCUUCAGAGUGCACACUGUACAUGUCAAUUAAGAGCUUUACGGUUUUUUCCUCAGCGGAAGUCCACCGACGGAGACGGGAUGUUUUAUGUCAAAGUACAUUUUAUUUUUGUACAGUAUUUAUGGACAGCGCAGCGAAUGUAGGAAAAACCAUCGCAGAACAUACCAAAGCAGCUGUGUGUGUGUGUAUGUGUGGGUGUGUGUGUGUGUGUGUGUGUGUGUGUGCGUGUGUGUGUGUGUGUACGCAUCGACACUUCUUCUUCCAGGAAUAAUGCUGCUGACUUCACAUCGGAGUCGGUCUGUAACUGAUUAAAACUCAUCUCCAACUAA